AUAGUGUUAGGGUUUUUAUCUUUUCAUUCACUGCCUUCACUCUCUCUCUUGUCGCUCACUCUUCUUCCACGAAGUGCUUAAGUUUUGGUCAAUGGCGACAGCUCAGCUAACAGCAUCCUCAAUUUCCUCGAGGAACGUGUCGUCGUUCGAAGGGCUUCGACCUUCGGCGGUUCAGUUCCCCUCCGUCGUCAGAAUUGGAACCCUCACUCAAAGGUCCUUCCGGGGUUUGGUUGUCAAAGCCGCCACUGUUGUUGCUCCAAAGUACACUGCUAUUAGGCCUCUCGGCGACAGAGUACUGGUUAAAAUUAAGGAAGCAGAAGAGAAGACCGACGGAGGAAUUCUACUUCCUUCAACUGCUCAAACAAAACCACAGGGUGGUGAGGUUGUUGCUGUUGGAGAGGAGAAAUCAGCUGGGAAGAGCAAAAUAGAAACUAGUGUUCAGAUUGGUGCGCAAGUUGUGUAUUCGAAAUAUGCUGGUACUGAGGUGGAGUUCAAUGGUGCAAAGCAUCUUAUACUGAAGGACGAUGACAUUGUUGGUAUCCUCGAGACCGAUGAGAUCAAGGAUCUUAAACCGUUGAAUGAUAGAGUCUUAAUACAGGUUGCACAAGCAGAGGACAAAACUGCAGGUGGUUUGUUGCUUACCGAAGCAAGCAAGGAGAAACCUUCUAUUGGAACGGUAAUUGCGAUCGGCCCAGGGCCUCUUGAUGAGGAAGGUAACAGAAAACCAUUGUCUGUUAAUCCUGGGAACACAGUCUUGUACUCCAAAUAUGCUGGGAACGACUUCAAGGGAAAAGAUGGUUCGGACUACAUUGCAUUGAGGGUCUCAGAUAUCAUGGCUGUCCUUUCCUAGUAACAAAUUGUUCUGUGUUUUGUAACUUAAAAAUUUUGUGUUCUUGAGGAAAAUGGAUUAUUUUUAAUCGGCGAUGACAAUUGAAACAUAGCUCAUUGCAAUUAUCUUAGAAAAUCUACAAACUUCUGGUAAUGUCAAUUGUUUUCAGUUGUCCGUAA